CCCCCUCCUGUCCUUAUCUUGACAUACCAACACACUUCCAUCUUACCCUCCACGUUUACCACGUUCCUUUUACUUACCCACUCCUCAGUCUUUCAGACUACUCAAACGUGCCUUCUCUGUGUAAACUUUCAGCUCUCUCUGCUCAACACCUCUCUGAAUCUUGCAGUCAGACCGGUUCCAUGGCUCGCGCAAUCGUCCUCGUCCUCUUCGGGCUUCUCCUUAUCAGCUCAACCGCCAAUGCGGGGUUGCGCAAAGGGACCGGGGGCGCCGGGAAGAAAGGGAGCUCCAACACUCUGUCCCUCGCCGAUGCAGCCAAAGCCUCGGAGAAGGCCAAGGGUGCCGUCUCAUACCAGCAGGACCUCGUAACGCAGCUCACAUCCAAGGCAACUGACGCCAUCUCCGCCGCCGCAACCAAGGAGGGCGAGGAGGACACGGCUCUUUCGACUUACAACGACGCCGCCGACACGUUCGCGACGUCCGUCGCCGAUCUUCCCAAGGCCAAGUUCGCGCUUGACCGUAAGAAGGCGCUUCAGGCGCGUCUCGCGGAGAAACUCAAGGCGGCCACGGCACGGUCCAUCUCAGCGAAGAAGUACGCCGACGCGGUUGCCGCAUGGGCCGCCCAAGUCGAUGCUGCGGCCGGCGCGGCCGGUACGGGCUCCACCGCCGCCGCAGACGCUCUCACCGCCGCUCUAACCGCCGUCGAUGAAGCAAAUGCCGCGGCUAAGAGCGACCCCAGCCCGCUUACCCGUGCGGCAGCCGCGGAGAAGGCCGUCGCAGUCGCCGUCGCACAGAAGGUCGCAAGCGGGUGGGAGGUGCACAUGGCGACGCUUACCAGCCUCCAGACGGCGUCGGCGGAUCUCAGCACCGCUGCGACGACCGCGUCCGACGACGCUGCGACGGAGGAAGGGACGAUGAAGACAGCCAAGGAGACGGCCGACGCUGACCUUGCGACUGCCACGUCGGAUUACACCACCGCCCAGCAGGCGUACGACGCGGCGAAGCAAACGGUCGACACGGCGGACGCGUCGCUGGCGUCCGUCCGCGCAGCGGUGAAUAAGGCUCGCGUGACGCAGGGGGAUAAGGUGAAGGUGGCGCGCGACGCCGUGGGGGUCCUGUACAGCAAGAUUUUGGCGAACAUCGCCGCAUCGAAAACGUGGGUGGAUGUUACCACCUCGACGACGCUUAACGGGCAGAAGGACUGGGAGAGCCGCGCGUCGGGCAAGGCUGCGAAUGAUCCGAAGGCGCUCAGCAACAUGGGCAGCAUUGUGAAGGGGUCGGAGAAUGGCAGCAGUGGCGGAAGCUCCAGCGGCGGAGGUGCUGUGUAAGGGUUUGGCUGCAUAUGGGCGGGGUUUUGAUUAUUAUUUCUUUCAUGGGGGUGGAGUAUGGAUGGCAGGCCUACCGGGCGUCUAACACGGUGCUGUAAUAAAUAUUUGUCCGCCAUGGUCCUGGCUGUGCUGACGUGCUGCCUCAUUUGUACCAAUUUUUGUUCUGUAAUGGCCAUUCUAUUCAACGAUAUUCAUGUUAUCACUUGCUCAUGGUCUGCUAUGGG